GUUAAUGCAAAGCCUUCGCAUAAGAGACAGAUUAACACUCAAAUCUUUAACCGUGUGCCCACUCUUUUGCGUUUAGCAUAAAUUAGCUAAUUAACACUCUAAUUGAGAAUUCGGGGAUAACAAUAGCAAUAAUUUAGUACAGACAGGCGAGGAGGGGGCGGAGGCGUAUUAUUUGACAGCAGAAGCGUGUGGAGAGGCAGGGAGCUCCGGGGGUCUCCGGUUGGUCCAUGAGCGAUGGAAGCGCCCCCCCCGACACUUCAGGUGAUCGAGAGGGAAGCAGAGAGGAGCGGGACGCUGGCCGCUGGUGCGUCGCGUUAGAGAAACAGCAAAGAGUCAGAGGAAAAUGACUUGCGUUACGUCGCCCGCUUCACUGACAGCAUGUCUGCUCUUCGUUGCGGGAUGUUUCGCACAGAAAGUGUACUUCGACUGUGGUGCCAAGGUGGAUGUGGUGGACGUUCAGGGCCUCAUUUUGUCUCCUGGCUUCCCCUACAACUACUCCUCGGGGACUCACUGUGUUUGGCAGUUUGUUGUUCCAGUCGAUUACCAGCUUGUUCUGGAGAUAUUUGACUUUGACGUGUUCGAAAGCCACGAUUCCGAAGCUCAGUACUCUGCUUUCUCUAAUUUUGAAGAAGAAGACGAAGAGGCAGCAGCCGAGGAAAGAGGGAAGGUCACCCCUAUCGGCUUAUCCGCUGACGUGAGCUUGUCGGCAGCCACAAAACCAACGCCUCAGAGCGCAGGGGAUCUUUUAAAGACUUCCCGAGAUGGCGUUCCUAAUCAAGUCGUGGUCCAGGAACAGUCUACAAAAAUGGAGAUUGCCAAAGUUUCAAAUUCUGCCAAAAGAUCUGCAGACCUGUCCUCUAGUCAGUCUUCAUUGCCCCCUUCUUCCCUCCUUCUCCUACUUGGUGCUGCGCCACAUGCAGACAAGGUCAAUAACUCCGUCUCUGCCUCUCCCUCAAAUGAAAAUCUCAGUCCCACUUUGAACCCAAGCGCGGUCAUGGAGGAGACCACCUAUGGCUCACCGCCCUCCACAGGAACUCCUCCUGUGAGCCCUGAAACUCAGCAGUCCAUCCUUGACGCCUGCCCCCACGACGUCCUCUACAUCUCAGACCUCAUCACCUUUUCUUCUAGGUUCUGCGGGUCCAACCGCCCUCCCAGCAGCCAGCUGGUUUUUGGCUCAAGCCAAGAGAUGGUGGAGGUCAUCAUGGAGCUGAUCACCACCACCCACUGGGGACGCGGAUUCGCACUUCUGUUCCACUACCACAACCUGACCAAGCCAGGAAGGGACCAACGAACCACGUCUCCGUCAGACGGCAGGGUGGACUCUCUUCUUGCUGCUGUGAGCGGAGCCGCUUUCUUCGCUCUGAUACUCACGACUGUACUCUGCAUCAUUUUCAGACCCAAACUGUGUCCAAAAAGAGCCAGUUCCUGCACAUCCAGCAACUCUGAGGUCACGGAGGGAGUCCAGAGCGUUGCCGCCGAAAUCAGUGAGCUCCAGCUGAUUGCUGAGAAUCAAGCCGGUCCGGAGAUGACCGCAGAGCAGGACAACGACAGCAACCAGCCCCGUGCAGUCGCUGCUGAAGGCGAUGCGCCCCAGACUGCAGAUGUGGAGCUCUCCUGCAGUGGUCUGACUGAACUUGAUCUCGGUGCAGAUGAGGUUUUCAUCGUAUCACCAGCUGCUUGCCCAAGCCGGCUGCCCUUCUACCCUCAUGCUCAGCGGGAGAGGUUCCUGCGACACAGUGACACCGGCCCCGGUCCUUCGUGCGACUGGCCCUCAGCGGACCCCAGCACGUCGCCGGCCGGGGCCAGGUCCCUUAAAGAAAGCGUCUGCUCGCGGCCGAGAGCGUGGAGCGUACGCACCUUCCAGGACUUCCUGCCUCCUCUGCCGCAGCUUCACAAGAAGUGGUGCAGCUGGAACUCCACCAGCCCCUUCACGAAGCUGGUGGACAACACGCCAUCCGGUUUGAUUCCCGACCGCAAAGAAAGCCACAGCAGGAAGGUGUUCUCCGACGCCCACCUGGAGGCCCAGGCGAACACCAGCAUCGCCUCCGACUCCUCCACCAGCACCGCCUCCUACCCCCUGACGCAGCCCGCACAGCGACAGCGCCGCCUCAACUCCACCAGCAACCUGCGCCGCUCUCGCUUCACCGGGCCGUGUUUCGGCCUCCUCUCCGAAGCAAAAGAUCCACCCAAGGGGGGCGGCGUCCCCCCAGGCCGCGUCCCUUCGGAGACCGGUCCUGGCUCCUCUUCCUCACCCUCCUCUUGUUCUUCCUCCUCCUCUUCCGCUCAGUGCCACGUCGAGAGCGGAAAGAGGCUGGAGUUCCCAGGCGAGGGCGAUCACAUCAGCGUGCCAGUGUUCGCCAUCUCCGAGGAGGAGGACAGGCAGCCGCUGGUCUCGACUCAGCACCUGGAGCGGACGAACGGACCGGUCAGGGCGAAGCACGAGAGCAAACGGCCGCCCGCGGGCGGCGUCAGCCCCAAGAGGGUCAGGCCGGAGUGGAGGCCGUGGGGGAGUCAGGUGUCGGGCGGCGCCGCUUCGGGAGCGUUCAGCGAGUCGGGGACGCUGAAGAACGGCCAGCCGUCCGUGAGUCUGUCCACGGGGCUGUGCUCCGUGACAAACCACAUGUGACCCGUAGCCGAGGAGACGAGACUGUGCUGACCGAGACCUGGAUUUAUGAACUAGUGGCACUGUGAAAACAACAACAAAAAAAAACACUUUUUUUUUUUCUGACAUGAACUUUUACAAACUCCACUCUGCGCUGCAAAAACACAAAGUCUCACCAAGUAUGUUUGGUCCAGUUUCCAGUGCAAAUGUCUUAGUAGACUUGAAACAAAAAGACUAAACUAACUUUAGAGCAAGAAGGAGGUACUUUAUUUAAGUCAGUAAUUUAAUAUUGAUGGAAAAAGCUGGAGUUAUAACUGUUAGUACAAAAAGUUAUCAGUUUUAUAUUAUAACUUUUAUAUCAAUUUCCCCCCAAAUUGUAACAUAAAAUGGGAAAAUGUUCCACUGGCCGAUUUUUUUCUUUUCUUUUUUUUCCUUAAAGCUAGUUCUUUUUCACAAAUAUUAAUUAAAACAUUUUCAGCUAUUUCUAGCUGAAAAGCUUCUUUUCAGAUAGCUUUGUUUUGUUUCAAGCGUACUCCGAUAUUACGCAAUACUACAAGAAACCGAACCAAAAACACUUGGUAAGAUUUUGCGCUGGCUCAUCAGUUCAUAUAUAAAAACUGUUCAUAUAUAAGUUUUUAUAUGUGAACAGUUCAUAUAUAAAAAAAAAGCUCUUGGACAAAGAAAAAGCUGUUCAUUUUCCAGAGGAACUGACUUUAAAAGCCUGAACGGCGUUUCUUCAUUUCUUUUAGCUCCUGUAUUUCAGCCGCUGCAUUUUCCUGCCUCUUCCUGUGAUUCUCCAUGUGGUCAUCGUCGCUUUUUACCCACAAGUAUUAUGUAGGACGUAGAUAAAUCAUUUAUAUCAUUGUCACGUCGGCGUACGCGUUCUCCUGGUAACAGAUUAUAAAAGGGAAGUUGGAAUACUAUAUAAAGUGAGAAUAGAGACCGUUAUGUAGUACAGAGCACUUAAACGUUAGUUGUUUAUAUGUAAGUACAGGUUCAAUAAACAUGCUACUGUUAACAUCUGGUGUUCUUAAUUUAACACAAAAAAAUAGUUCUUGGAUGUUUUGACCGAAAUUGUGAACAUCCCGUGAAGGUUUUAUCAUUUCUGAUCAAUUAGAAUAUUACUGAAAAUCCCGUUUAUAAAUACAUGUUCUUUUUUUGAUAUAAAAUUGAUAGAACAUGACAAAUGAGUUCCUGUUCCAACAUUCCCAAUACAAACGAUCUUACUUUUACAUCAUAAAGCAGAAAGAAAUCAAAAACAUGCGAGUUCGUUUGGCUGCAAAACAAAUUUUAAUCAUGAACAAAAACGGCAACCCAGACUUCCUUUGAACUAUAUCAAUUUUAUUAUAUUUAAAUGAUCAGAAGUCAGAGCUAAAGGCAUUUCAAACAGUUUCAGUACUGCUGACACCACGAAACGUACUUUUCUCAAAGUCCACGACAAACUCCUGCACCUUCCUACUGAUCUACGAUUCAACUAGAACUUGAUUAUAAUCUAGAUUCAUUCUUAAAAUAGUGCAAUGCAUCCAAGUGUUACAGGCAUUUAGAAAGAUUUACAUCCCCCCUUACAGAGGAAGCACAUGCAGCUUCUCUCCAUUUGUCCUUUUUGAAUCCAAACAUCUUUCAUAUGUAUUGUGAUGAGGUAGAAUGAAACCUGCUGAUUUGCUCCUGAGCACCUUUGUCCGGACUUUUCUAUUUUUUUUUUGCAGAAAAAAAAUGAAACAAAAAAUUACAGCACCCCUCAAAAUCCGCUAAUACCAAUUCCUGAUUGGAGCGGCUUGGGAUUGUUGUUAGCUCAGCCGGAUCUCCUGUAGCGAAUAAUUAAAACUCGUCUGCGGGGGGGAAUAGAUCAGGCUUGUGCCGAGAGGCUGAGCUGCUAAAGAAUGCAUACCUCGACUCAGCAUGAAAUACAAAAAUAAUUAAAAUACAGAAAACAGUGACCUUAACCCCACACACACACAAUGGUAGAAACAGGAAAGUGCCCUUUAACAACUUUUUUUUUUUUUUUUUGCCUCAUUGAUUCAACAGGCAACAUAAAACUAAAUAUGAUAAAAGUUACAUGUACAUCAGAAAUUAACAACUUUCUUAUACUAUAAAGGAAUUAAGUUUGUGCUUAAAUCUCCAUUAUAUUGUGGAAUUAAUCUUUCUGUACGUUUAAAACCCAGAUAUAGUAGGCAAUUUAUUUUCAAUACACCAAGCACAGACUCUUAGGAUGUUUAAUAAUGUUUUGAACUUUCUCCUAAUUGUGAGAAACUUGAGUAAAGAUCGUCCAUGGCCAAGAAAAAAAAAAUCUGCAUAAAUUUUGAAAAUCAAUAAGAAAUCCACAUUAAACUUGGCCUUUCAAAGGCCUGCUUUAAGCAUUUUCUACUUCUUUACAUCCAUCACCAUUUUCAACACACUAAUAAACGGAAAAUUACCGAUACGUUUAGAGUUUUAAUAUAUAUAUAAAAACUUUAAAUCUACUAUAUAGAAGUAUCAGCUAGACAGAAGCUAGAAGCCAAGUGUGAUUUGUCCAGUUGUUACUACACUAAUAAUCUGAGACAUUGAUAGUCUAAAGAGGAUGUCAGUGCACAUCUUUCCACCACCCCUCUGCCCACUUUGCAAAGAAAGUUUCAAAAUAAAAAGUGUUGUGUACCUGAGGAGUGAUAAGAGAAAAAUCAACAGAGAUCAACGCUCUGAUGAGAAGUAAGACCAAUACGAGUAACUGAGCGCAUGCCGCGUCUCUUAUUGGCUUGAUCCGUCUAAGAGUUUCCCGUAAACACAGCCGAGAGUUACAGCUGCUCGACUUCGCGUCGCUUUUCUUCCCUGAAGUUCUACAGAAGGAAGCAACGCAUUUCAUCACACAGAUUAGCCCUUACUACACGGCAACAACUAAAUCCUGUACAGAUAUCACACUGGAUCACAAUGUGUUCAGAGUUUUAGUGUGUGUUUUUUUUUUUUGCCUAAAAACGCAGGUAAUACUUAACCGGUUAAUGCUAGCAACAUAUAGCAUUGUGAUGGACUGUUUUAGACUGAAAAUAUUUUGCUGCUCCUGUUCUGGUGACCCUUAUAGGAGCAUCUGAAUACGUUGGAAGAGUAAGGUAAUUCAAUUUGAAAACUCAGAUAUGCCACACUUUUUUUUUUCCUUCCACUCAACUUUCCAGAUUCUUUUAACGAUCAUCUUUUGCGGCUUACUUUCAAUGAAAACAGUCAGUGCAUUUUUGCUGGUAGUCUGAGUGAUUGGGUUUGGCAUAACAUCAAAUCAGAAAAUACUGCAAACGACCAAAACAUUUUCGUUUUUCCCACAAGUAAUUUAUGGGUUUUCGUUCAUUUCAACCUGCAAUUAAUCAAAAAAAAAAAAAAAA